CCUCCGGGCCGUCCUGCCAGCGCUUUACUCGCGGAAUUAAUAUCUCUCGCCUUGGGCCCGCUGCUUUCUUUUCUCGGCCUUCCGGGGUGGCAGGAGCGCAGCCUCUGUUCCGCCGGCCCCGCCCCACGACUGCGCCGGCCCCGGGGAGCCGCGCCCCGUGCCCCGCCGGUGGGCGGGGAGCGCCGCUGCCUGACCCGGCCCGACACGGCUGGGCGCUGGGCCCGGCACGGCGGUAGGAAGGCGCUCCGGGGCAGGCGAGCGGGGUUGUCCGGGCCCUGGCCGGCGGAAACGUGCCGCCGGGAAGAGGGGAGGGCGAGGGGCGUGAGGUGGCGAUAUAUCGCGAUACAAGGGUAUACGAGUGCGCGGUGAGAAGCGUGGCCGCGCCCGGCGGGGCAGCCGAGAAUCGGCCCCGGAGGCACCCUCGGCCUUUGGCCGCUCGCCGGUUCCGUCGGGCUGUUGUGGCUGGAAGCGAGCCUUCGGCGAUGAAGAGCGCGGGGCGUGCUGAGAGCCAACGCUGCUGGCGGCCGGGAAUCGGGCAGCGCACCGGGGCGGCAGCGGGCUCGGCCUCGGCCUGGUUCUGCUGCGGGGUGCGGGUGGUCUUGGUGCUUUGUGGCCCUCCCGCCGUACACUGCAGGUGUAGGGGGAGAACGCUCUUGAAGCAUGACUGAGGUAAAACAAAGACAUUAGCUCCCAACUCUUUAUUUUUUUUUUCAUUAGGGUCUUCAAUGUCAUGUGUGGUCAUUUGUAACUUUAAAAGUAAUACCACCUCUUCAGAAAAUCUAACCACGCACUCAAAAACCCUCCAGUAAUAAUAACCUGUACAGUUCUUCUUUAGACAGAAGUACCAGAUAGACUUUAAACAAUGAACAGCAUUGCCAAAAGCCUUUUGAAAUCAGUUAAACACGGCCGAGCUGCAUGGCUGAGAAGCAGCUCUGCUCACUCCGGAAAACAGCAUCUUCGGAAACUAGUCCUGGGAAUAGAGACAAGCUGCGAUGACACCGGCGCUGCGGUGGUGGAUGAUGCUGGCAAUGUUCUGGGAGAAGCGCUGCACUGUCAGAAGGAAGUCCAUUUACAAGCAGGUGGAAUAAUUCCUGUGGUGGCACAGCAACUUCACAGAGAAAACAUCGAGCAAGUAGUAAAAGAGGCGCUUAGUCUCAGUGGAGUUUCUGUACGUGAACUUUCAGCUAUUGCAACUACAGUAAAACCAGGCCUUGGGCUGAGCCUGGAAGUGGGACUGCAGUACAGCCUGAACCUGGUGGGCAGGUACCAGAAGCCAUUCAUACCCAUUCAUCACAUGGAGGCUCACGCGCUGACCGUCAGACUCACGCAUCAGGUGGAAUUUCCCUUCUUAGUUCUUCUACUCUCUGGAGGCCACUGUAUCUUGGCAGUAGCACAAGGAGUUGCAGAUUUCCUUCUGCUUGGGCAGUCAAUAGACAUAGCACCAGGUGACAUGCUGGAUAAGGUAGCAAGAAGACUGUCUUUAAGAAAGCACCCAGAGUGCCACAGCAUGGCUGGGGGGAAGGCGAUAGAGCACUUGGCUCAAACUGGAAACCGGCAACGGCACACGUUCCGACUUCCCAUGCAACAAUAUCGUAACUGUGAUUUUUCUUUUUCUGGACUUCAGAACCUUGUCAAUAAAGCCAUUAUACAAAAAGAAAAAGAAGAAGGUAUUCAAGAAGGGGAGAUCCUAUCCUGUGUUAAGGAUAUUGCUGCUGCUGUACAGCACGCAGUGGCUGUUCAUAUUAUCCAGCGGACAUAUCGGGCCAUGCUGUUCUGCAUAAAAAAUAGCAUAUUAUCGUCAAAAAAUGCAACUUUGGUUGUAUCGGGAGGAGUUGCAAGUAAUCAGUACAUUCGAAAAGGUCUACAGACUUUGGCAGAUGCAAAUGAUUUUGCUUUUCUGUGUCCUCCUCCGAGACUCUGCACUGAUAAUGGUGUUAUGAUUGCAUGGAAUGGCAUUGAAAGGUUACGUGCAGGACUUGGUGUUUUACAUAGUACUGAUGGCAUCCGCUAUGAACCAAAAGCUCCCCUUGGAAUUGAUAUUUCAAAAAGAGUUGAAGAAGAUUCCAUUAAGGUGCCAAAACUAAAAAAGAAGAUACGAUGGUUGGCAUCUUAAAAAGUAACUUAGUAAAAUAAAUACAACUAUAAAUUUUUCAAUAAAAACUGUUUCAAUGCUGUUACAAAUUACUGACGGUACUUGGUUUACAAGUGUUGAAAAUCACCUGUCAGAGAAAUAAAUGCUGUGUGGUUAUGACUCUAGUUACUGUUCCACAACUGUCUAAGAUGUCUAGGUAUGAAAACAAUUUUAAAAAAUUAAAAGUGCACUUUCUAAUAAACUUGCACAAAUGAAAAUAUCUCAAUUGUUUAUAACUUAUAUAAACCUUAUUACAUGUAUAUACUAUCUUUUAUUUAACAGCAUAAUAUAUAUAAUUCAUGUAAGGUGUAUAAUCUACACGUUAAAAAAAAAUUUCAUACCUUCCAUGAUUGAAAAGUUACAGAAAGUGAAGAUGAGAGAGCACAGAUUUUCAAGAAGAUCUCAGUGUUAACUGUGCCAGUCCAACUGAAUUUCAGCAGUACCUAACUUUCUGCUGCUGGUGUGAGAAGCCUAUUCUUACACAAAAUUAAAAUUUUGGGGUAUAGGGCUAGUGCCUUUUAAUUUUCUCCUUUUUUUUUUUUUUUUUUUACAAACAUCUCAGUAAAGCUAAUCACAGUGUGAGCGAGCUGUUCAAAUGCAAGUUCUAAGUUUUGACGUGAAUAAUGGGUUAUUUGACCUUGCCUUUUGAUAAUCAGUAUAAUACCCAUUUACAUUAUUUUUCAUUGCAAUGGUAUUUACUGGAAUAAAUACUUCAAGUAUUUUGGAUGACU